GAAGGGGUUUUUUGGGUCCUAGGAUCGAGAUACUCUUAACUCGGGCAGUGUGUGUGGGGGGUGAGGUGGGGGAGUGGGCCAUGGGACACAUAAGGCAGGUGUUUUCUGUGCAAAAGUCACUGUGUAUAAAGGAGGCCCCAGCAAAGGGGUUGAGUUUGGGGGGUUCAAUGAGUGUGCAAAUGGCCAGUGCGAUGCUUAUGUAAACAGUGUGGAGGGGGGUGGCUAGGGGUGGAUGUGCUGAGGGUCAGGGACUGCAAAGGACCGGGGGCUUAAAUUGACGUGUGCGCAAAGCGGAGGAGUGCACAGAGUGGGGACUUUGGAGUGGGAGGUGUGGGAGUGUUGGUGAGGGGAUAGUGAGCUCUGUCAAACCUUGAGCUUGUCAAAGGUUGUAUUUUAGGUCCAGUGUGGACCUAAAGCGUGCACUGGCUGUCAGUUCCUCAGUAGGCAAAAGGCACACGAGUGUGCAAAUGAAAAUGCUGGGGGGGUGCAAAGACAGCAGUCCUCAAAGAGCAAAGAGUGUGCCAGAGAGUGCACAUGAAAUGCGCAAAGAGAGACCCACGCUCCAUUACUGGAAGCCAACUCCUGAAUGUGCAAAGAAGUGUCAGCAAGGCUGGGCAGGUGCCAAGACAGAGUGAGCCAAGGAUGGAGCAUAUCAAAGGCUACAAGUGCACAAGAUGGGCACAGGUGCCAGCCCAGAGCCCAGGGAACUGCGUGUGCAGAGGGGCUGAGUGUGGGGAGGCCUGGGGGUACACAGAAGGGAGCAGGCUUGUGCAGACGGGAGCGCGCGGACGCGAAGAGGUGAGGUACACAUGGGUCAGGCUGCCAAGAUGGCCAUUGUGCCUUGCGCGGGGUGGGCACAUGCUCGGGAAGGGGGCAGGUGGAGCUGGGGGCAGGGCUGCCUCCCGCCUGCACACUGGCUGGCUCCGAGUCCCAGAACAGCUCUGGCAGGGAGCAGGGAGCAGGGAGCAGGCGGGAGGCCCGGGAAAGGGAACAGGCUGCCGGCCCACCCGCUGGCAUGGGGUGUGUAAGGGGGCUGGGCACGCAUGUCCUGCCAACAACUGCAGCUUGCGCCGCCUGCCAGGCCAGGCUCCUGGACACUCCCUUCCCGCCAUUCUCCUCCCACCUCCCUCCUUUCUCCAUAGUCCUCCAGCUUCGGAUCCACAGACGGUAUCAGGACCCAAGCCUCUCAGGGUCCUUCACUGCCUCUCCAGUCUUGGAUCCAGAUCCGUGGGUCUCAGCCACAGACCCUGCUCUGGCCCCCAGAGCUCCAGCCCCAGUCUCGUCCUCGGGCCCCACCCCCUUCCUCUUCAGCCCUGGGGACCUGCUCCCUGAAUCAGAAUACCGCCCUUGGAGGUCCCUGAAGGAGUCUCCCAAGAUCUCCCAACAUUGGAGAGGGCCCAAACCAAAGGGGAACUUGACCUACCACCAGUACAUGCCCCCAGGGCGGAGACAAGGGUCCAGGGUAGACCCCCAGGCCAAAGGGCUGGCCCUGGGUCCCCCUGGACCACCUCUGUGGGAGGGGACAAACUCACAACUGCCACCUCCCAGGAUGAAGCCCACUGCCCUCACUCCCUCCCCACCUGGAGUCCCCAGCCCCUUGCCCCCUCCACACAAGCUGGAACUUCAGACCCUAAAGCUGGAGGAGCUGACGGUCUCAGAGCUCCGGCAGCAGCUGCGCCUGCGGGGCCUCCCGGUGUCGGGGACUAAGUCGAUGCUCCUGGAGCGCAUGCGCGGCGGCGCCCUGCCCCGCGAGCGGCCGAAGCCGCGGCGCGAGGACGGUCCCGCGGGUGUUCCCUGGCCGCGCCUCAGGCCCAAGGCUCUGGGAGCCGUCCGGCGACAGGGCUCGCUCAAGCCAAACCCAAACUCUCACUCUCCGCCUCCCGCACGUGCCUCGGAAACCCCUGCGACUGCUCCGGCCCUUCCUCCCGCUCCGGCUCCCGCUCCCGCUGCGGCUGCGGCUGCCGCUGCCGCUGCGGCUGCCGCUGCGGCUUCAGCACCGGCUCCUUCUUCAGCCCCACCCACAGCGGCCCUGACUCUGGAGGAGGAGCUGCAGGAAGCCAUCCGCAGGGCUCAGUUGCUUCCGAACCGGGGCAUUGAUGACAUCCUGGAGGAUCAGGUGGAGCCCGAGGACCCGCUGCCCCCCAUCCCCCUGGACUUCCCCGGCUCCUUCGACGUGCUGUCCCCCUCCCCGGACUCUGAAGGCCUCUCAUCUGUCUUCUCUUCCUCGCUCCCGUCCCCCACAAACUCCCCGUCCCCCUCUCCCAGGGGCCCCACAGACUCCUUGGACUGGCUGGAGGCUCUGAGUGGGGGUCCCCUGCUAGGCUGUGGCCCCCCAGCCCCAAGCAUCUUCUCUGCUGACUUAUCCGACUCCAGUGGCACCCGGCUGUGGGACCUUCUGGGGGAUCCGUGGUGAUGGAUGCUGGGGUUUCCAGGGACGGAGAACUGGUGGGGAUGGGAAGGUCACAGAGACAGACUCCCAAAGGAGGGGGUGGGACAACCGGCAGAGCCCCUCCCACCACAGACGCAGAAUCAGAGAUGACUGUCAUCCCCACCUGGCCCCUGAACUGCUGACAUGCCAAGCGCCCGAGUCUCUUCUGCCUGACCUCCAUAUGAUCCCCUCCAUGGUUGUGUGGCUGGGGGCAAGGAGGUGUCAUUUGCUGCUGGCCGGAGCAAACAAGCUGCUUGCUUCUUCCUUCAGAGACCUCAUGGAUGUCUUUGUUCCUACCUUCUCCCCUCCCAUGCCACCAACUAGAUGGGAAUCUGGAAGGUGGUCUGUAUUUUUUGGGUGCAGGAGAGGGGGCAGGGAAGAGUCGGGAGGGAGAAUAGGGAGCCAGACCCUUGGCUUCUGGUUGGAAGUGAGAAUAUCAGAAGCGUCGUGUCUGAGGUUAGGUUCUCUUGGAAGCAGAGCCCGAGACAAGACUCGCGAGCCCAUGAUUUAUUAAAGAAAUGCUCCAAGGAGAAACCAAAAAGGAGCGGAGGAAACCGGACAGCGAAGGGGAAGAAGACUAGCAAGAGUAUGACUUCAGGUGAAGUCCCAACCCCUGUGUGAUCCCAUGGGGAGCUCUGGAGGAUAAAUUAAGUUGCAGGGUCUUUCUUACCCUGAGGCAAAGGGAGCUAGGCUUUUGAGGCAGAGGGAGACCCCUGUUUGGGUUUUUUAUUGCUGAUUAACAAGCCGCCCCCAAACUUAGGGUCUUAAAAUAAUAACUGUUUAUGAUCAUGCAAUGUCCUGGCUUGAUGGGCUCAGCAAGCAAUUCUUCAGCACCAGUGACUAGGGCUGCAGUCAUCUUAGGGUCCAAGUGGGCUGGACCAUCUAAAAUGGCUCAGACAUGUUUGGCACCUUGGCAGGAAUGGCUAGUAGGCUGGAACCAGCCAGCCUGUUGUCUCUCCGGCAGGGUCUCUGGACUCCCUACAUGAUAGCUCAGGGUCCCCCAAAGUGAGCAUUACUCCAGGAGGAAGCAGAAGCUGCCAGUCAAAGAGAGAGCUUGGAACUGGCCCAUUGUCACCUUCACUGCACUCCACGGUUGAUGCAAGUCAGGCUGGCUGAAUAUGGGAGGGGCUACACAGAUACAUGCAUCUUGGGGCGUGGUCAUUGGGGGCAUAUUUGGAGACUCCACCCGUCUUGUCAGGCUUGGGCCAUGGGUCAUGAGGAGACGGCGGGACAUAAACUGCCAGUCACCUUGAACCCCAGGAUGGUCCUUGGAAGAAGGUCGCAGGGGAAGCCAUUAGCAACAAAGUCUUGUAAAAUGUAGCUUUUAUUAAUAUUCAGGUGUGGGGGAGCUGCCAGAUCAGAAUGACCACAAUUGAAAAGAUCCUUCGUUCAGGCGCCUGGGUGGCUCAGUCGGUUCGGUUCCGUGUCUCACUCUUGAUCUCAGGGUCGUGAGUUGAAGCCCCUCAUUGGGCUCCACACUGGAAGUGGAGCCUAAUUAAAAGAAAAAAAAAAAAGAUAGUUUGUCAUUCUCACAGAUCCCCAAAGACGGGGUUGUGCCAAACUGUGCACAUAGGGAAGGGCCAAGGGUAGUCAGGAGGCAGAGGGGGAGAGGGGAGCCCUGAGCAAGAGUCUCUGUCGUGGUUUCCCAGUGAAGGAAUAGGGGAGGCAGGGUAAGCUGGCUUCAGAUUGUCUAAUAUGAAUAAUUUCAGCUGGCUCUGGGGUGGAGGGGGCCAUCCCUAGUUGUCUGGAGCGUGGUCCUGGGGUAACAAGGCAGAGGAAUCCUGGCCUGGAGUAGAGUAUACCAGUAUACGAGCUCAUAAAGGAAAUGGUUGGGGGUCUGGGCUCUGGAUUGGCUGGUUUGCAUAUGCAAAGCAUGCUCCUGGGUGAGUCCUUGAUUACCUCUGGGGAUUGGCUAGCCCUGGGAAGGGCAGUCCCUCCAGAUGUCAAAGCACCAGAAAUAUGGGAAAUAAAAAGCCAUAAUGAACGCAGAGAGUGCACAGAAGAUGGGGGGCUGGGUGCACAGAGUCGGGAAGAGGGAUCUAGAUCUAUCUGGGGGGACCUGGGCAGGCCACCCGCCCUGUCCAGGGCAGGUGGAAAAGAACAGCAGAUCAGUGACGUGCGACAGUACCCAGAACCAAUGACUUCCCCUCGUCUGUCCGUUUGCUCUCGGGUCCCUACAGCCCAGUGAGGAUGAGAUGUUCACUGAGACUUCCCACGGGCUGGACCUGGCGUGGGAGACACGCUGACAAAUAUUAAUCACCCUUAGGAGCUGCAGAUCCACGAUUCUUGUUCCUCCGAGAGAACAGGCAAGGGAGCGAGAGCUCUUUACCAGGAGGCAAAGGCAGCCCUUGGGGUCAUCUGACCAAUUGGGCGGGAGUGGUCAGAGAGGCACUUUAAAUUGGGUUCAUGAGUCCAUAGCUUGUGCCCUCAGAGUUGAAAAAACAGAGCCUCCGUCUCUGCUCUGGUGAAGCUCAGACAUUUGCACAGAGAGAAUUCCAGGGCAGGGUGAUAAGGAUUUUCAGGGCAGAGGGGCCAUGACUCCUAGAAAAUACCAGAAGCCUUGGGGAAUGGGUAGGGGGGUCAGGGCAAUGGCCUGGGGAGCCUUGUGAGGUCAGGGCUGCUGGAACGAGAGGUGGGUGGGGUGGCGCCUGUAGAAUUUUGGGCUGGAGGUGGGUGGCGGCUGGGGCCUGUGGGCACUUUCCUGUAAGGCUGAAAAUUGGUGGUAAAGGGGCACCAUUGGCCCUGGAAAGAUCAGGAAGGGGUGCGGUGGGGCUUCUGUCUCUCUCCACCUCAGCCGGACUCUGAGCUUGUGACUCUCUGUCCCCAAGUCUCCCGUGUCCAGGGGAGGGCAACCCCAGAGGGAGUCAGGGCGAGGGAUGGUGGCUAAGGAAUUCUCUAGUAGGUGGAGAUUUGAAAGACAGGCACAGGCUUGGGUAGGGUGUGCAUAUUUGAACCCAGAGCCGGAGAGAAGGACUUGGGCCCUACACUCCCCACCACCUGUCACCCAACCCUUCUCUAGACAUUCCAGUUGCUCCCUCCUGUCCCCCAGGGAGAGGGCUGGGCUGCUCCCAAUGGCGGGACCAAGGGGUAACACAGGAAGAUGGGGCGCCCCUGCACCACGUUGCCAUUCCACGAGCUCAGUAGACACAUGGAAAAGACCAGGAAUAUAUUUGACAAAUGACCACAGUUAUCAAUUUAUCUUUUUUUUUUUGAAGAUUUUAUUUAUUUACUCAUGAGAGAGAGCACAGAGGGAGAGAGAGAAGCAGGUCCCUGCUGAGCAGGGAGUCUGAUGCGGGGCUCGAUCCCAGGACCCCGGGUUCAUGACCCCAGCCGAAAGCAGACGCUUCACCGACUGAGCCACCCAGGCGCCCCUAUCAAUUUGUCUUAUGGACAUAAUCUCCAGAAGGACACACUGAGUAGACUGGAGAAUAUACUCUUAUUUCUCUUUCUCCUUCCUCCUCUCCUCCCCAUUUCUCCCUCCCUCUCUGUCUCUUUCUCCCUCCCUUCUCCAUCUGGGUUACCACAUACCCCUUCUGUUCCUCCCAAUCGCUGAUUUCCAUUCUGCAUUUUACCUCCACCUUAUUUUCACUCCCCGCACCCCCGGGGUGAUGCCCCGCCCCCACAUCCAACUCCAGGCACCCCGAGACAAUCCCCAUCCGUCAUCAUCGAGCACAGCCAUUUUACAGAGUGUGAAGGAAUUUCCCUGGGAAACACCCCUAGGAGUGGGUGACGCAGAGGCAGGUGCCUCCGUGACUGAGAGUCUCGUCUCUGGGGCCAGAUCGACCUGGGUGGACUCAUCUCUCCAUCACUCUCCAUGACCUAUAGGGCGACCCAUUUAACCUCCCUGGGCCUUAGUUUUCUCAUCUUGAUGGUGGGGACAAGAACAAUAGUACUUUCUCUGCGGGGUUGGCUGAGGAAUAAAUGAGUUAAUGUGUGCAGAGCACUUAGAACCGUGUCUGGCAGAGGACACGCUCAUUAAGCAUCUGUGGUUGUCACUGACCCAUGGGAUGGAUUGACUUCCACUCCUCUGCCAUGUGGCUGCCCCCACGCCAUCCAUGCACGAGGCCUGAGCUGCCCUUGGUGUUGUCCACCUUUUGUCCUAACAUCCUGCCGGGCUGUUACGUCUUCUGUCCCUCAAGUCUUGUUUGUCCCCCGUGGUGGAUGAUGACUUCCAGACCCUAGACCCAGGGCAGGGACAGAGCAGGUGGCUGAACUGGGGGGAAAAGAGGGAAAUGGGAGUCUCGAGCCUUCACUCCCUGGGCGACAGGCCUCUCUCCUCCCCUUGGGCUCCAGAAACCAUGCUUUGGGGCCAAACCCGCGUUCAGACUUUGAGCCCAGCCCCUGCCUGGUGGGGGACCUUAGACAAGCCUCGUUUGCCCUCACAGGAGACCUCACUGCUAUCUAUGUAUUUUCCCAAGAGAGAUAAUGACAUGCAUCUACACAAAGAUUUAUAGGCCAAUGUUGAUAACAGUAUAGCCCCAAACUGGAAAUAACCCGAGAAUCCAUCAAAUGGAGAAACAGAUCGACAGCCCGUGGGACAGCCGCAUGGUGGAAUACUUCUCAGCAGUGAAAAGGCAGUGAAUGAUUGAGACUUGCAAGAAUGUGAAGAAUCUCAGAAACAUGAUGCUAGAGGCGCCUGGGUGGCUCAGUCAGUUAAGUGUCAGGCCUCAGCUCAGGUCAUGA